AUGGCGUACACACUGGUUCUCUCCAUUAGUCCAGCUCCUCCCCUUCCGUUAGGGAUAUCUGGCAUCUACACCUUCCAUGGCCAUUUCAGUGGGCUCGAAGCCAGAAACAUCGGAUUCUUGAAUCGCCUCGCAUUUUCUACCCUGCACUUUGAUCCCUUUCGGCUCUGCGGUGGAUAUCCUUGGCUAUCGGCGCGCGUGUCUUCAGCGAUCCUAAAUGGCGCAGUGAUUGCCCUCGGCCUUUGGGCCCUUCCUCGUGACAUUGAUGCACCCUUGAACCGGCCGUCUUUCGUCUCUCUCGGCCGAGAUAUCGACUGGGUUGGGGCCCUGAUUAUCAGCAUGUCCCUGGCGCUGCUUUCAUUGGUACUAGCUGUAGCCUCAGGCUUGGAUGCUACAACGAAACUGCGACAACCCCUCUAUAUUGUGAUUUUAAGUAUUGAGGCGGCUUUACUCCCUGCGUUUGUCCUGUGGAUGCGGCAUCAAACUCGUCGGGGUCACCCAGCUCUGAUCCCUAACACCAUGUGGUCUAACCUCCCAUUCACCAGUAUUUGUCUUACAGUGUUCCUUGUUUGGGGCACCCUGAAUGCUAGCGAGCAACUAGCAACCUUAUACUUCCAAGAUAUCCGUGGUCUCUCGACUCUGACUGCCGCUUUCUAUUUUCGACCCUCCUUUAUUGUCCCUGCCGGAUGUACGAUUAGUGGACUCGCACCAUUGCUUCUAGCCAUUCUCUGUCGUGUGGAAGGCCCGGGGUAUUGGCAGGGCAUCUUUCAAGCCAUGGCCUUGAACCCGAUCGGCGCAGAUCUGAUCUAUACUAUCGCAGACCUAGUGACCACCGCUGCCUUCCCGAACAACAUGCAGGCCCUCGCAGGGGAUGUAUUUAACACGCUGGCGCAGAUCGGGAAGAGCGUCCGUAUUGCCACCUCGGCGGUUCUUGUGCAGCGGGUCGCAGACAGGGCAGGUGAUGGCGACGAUGCAAUGGCCAGCCAUGCGUUGUUGCUUGCUUAUCGGGCCGGUUGGUGGUACAAUUGUGCGCUGGGAUUUACUUCGAUAGGUGUCAGUUUCUUUAGGUUGAGGAAGAUCAGCAGAUUGGAGGAUAAGAGAGAUUAG